ACAAAGUGUAGUUUUCCUGGGCUGCCUGGCGCACACAAGCUAUCAAGGCCUAUAAAUUGAACACUCACAACUUUGGAAUCUCAUCAUCCAUCACAAUUCACAACCAAAACUCACAAUCACACAAUGGCUAUCCACUUGGUGCCUUUAUUCACCUUCAUGAUCUUUGUUAUCAUGCUUUUCAGUUUACUCAAAUCACUCUUCCGAAAAACAAAGCUCCCCCCAGGGCCUUUCAAACUCCCCAUUCUAGGCAACUUGUUACAAGUCACUGGCGCGCUCCCUCACCGCAGCCUCUACAAUCUAUCCGAAAUUCAUGGACCUCUCAUGCACCUCCAGCUCGGUGAAGUCUCCGCGGUCGUGAUCUCGAACCCGAGAGUGGCUAAAGAAGUCCUCAGAACUCAUGAUCUCUGCUUUGCUGAUCGCCCUACACUUCUCCUUGGCAACAUUGUUUUGUCCAAUUGUCGCGAUAUAGUCCUGGCCCGGUAUGGUGAUCACUGGAGACAAUUCCGCAAAAUUUGUACCUUGGAACUCUUGAGUGCUAACAAAGUAAGGUCUUUUCGAUCCAUACGAGAGGAGGAGGUCAAGGAUAUGAUUGAAUCCAUGCAUUCAAAAAUUGGAUCUCCUGUUAAUGUCAGUGAAAAGGUCUCGAACAUAGCCAAUUCCAUAACAUGCAGAUCUACUAUCGGGCAGAGAUGCAAGUAUCAACAUGAACUCAUUGAAGCUACCGAGAAUAUUGCUUAUUGGGGAGCAGGCUUUUUCAUGGCUGAUUUGUUUCCUUCGGCCCUCGUCUUUCCUGUACUGAGUGGAAUGAAGCCUGCGUUACAGAAGGUUCGUCGAGACCUUGAUCAUAUAUUCGAGUACAUUAUUAAUGAGCACAAGGAGAAGAUGGCUACCAGAAAAGCUCAAGGAACUAAACUUGAAGCAGAGGAGGAGGAUCUUGUUGAUAUUCUUCUGAGAAUUAAUGAUACUCUGCAGCUUGAAUUUCCCGUCACUGCCAACGACAUCCAAGGCAUUGUUUUGGAUAUGUUCACCGCGGGAACUGAUACAUCUUCAGCCGUGCUAGAAUGGGCAAUGUCGGAGCUGAUGAAAAAGCCUAGCGCGAUGAAAAAGGCUCAAGACGAACUCAGAAACGCCCUCAAAGGAAAGACGAAUGUAGGCGAAGCCGAUAUCCAGGGCUUGAAUUAUCUAAAGCUAGUGAUCAAAGAAACUCUACGCUUACAUCCCCCAGUCCCACUACUACUCCCACGAGAAUGCCGAAAAGAAUGCGAAAUCGAUGGGUACACUAUUCCUGUUGGAACCAAAGUCAUGGUAAAUGCUUGGGCUAUUGGACGAGACCCCGAAUGUUGGGUCGACGCCAAUAGUUUUAUUCCCGAGAGAUUCGAAGUUGGCUCCGUUGAUUAUAUCGGAGCCAACUUCGAAUACAUUCCAUUUGGCGCUGGAAGGAGAAUGUGUGCCGGGAUCUCGUUCGGCAUAGCGAGCGUUGAGCUUCCACUAGCUAAAAUGUUGUACCACUUUGAUUGGACACUGCCGAAUGGAAUGAAGCCGGAAGAUUUGGACAUGGACGAGACUUUUGGAGCCACUACUAAGAGGAAGAACAGCUUGUUUUUGAAUGCGAGCCCUUACGUUCCUGUCAUCGAAACUUAACUUGUCGUGAUCGAUCCUUUGUUACAUUAAUUAUUAUAGAACUUGAUUGUGUGAUUUAAAUUGAA